AAAUAGAUUUGGAUUCUCCAAGGCACUCCAAGGUGACAUUAUGAUUUAAAAGCACUGACACAACCGCAAGCAUUACUUCAGUCUUAAUUUAACCGUCUUUACUGCGUCUUAAAUAUUUUCGAUUUGCAAUUAAUUACAAUAUAUAUAUACUGACAAAAAAAUUAGCAUCUACAGAUCAUUGAGGAAGGAAAACAAACAAACUUGAAGAGUGCGGUACUCCUCGUAUAAUAAAAUUAACUUGUUCGAUUUUAUUAGAAAAGAAAAAUAUACAUUUUAAGAAAACAUUAAUAGUACAAAAUAUAAAUACCAAAAAAUCAUAAAGAAUGAAUACCAAAUUACUUUUGUGUAUUUUUUUUAUUUUCUUACUCAACGACAUUGAAGCUGCAUAUAAAGGGAACACUAGUUUUGUUAAUGAUAUAGACGGAGUAGGAAUUUUAGACAGUCAUCCUUGUUGUGUAUGUUGUUUGUCUAUUAAUGUAAAAGACAAAAGUCAAUGUGGUAGUGAUUGCGAUUGCUGCGUGGCAGUUAGAGAUUGUCAGCCAUGUUGUUGCUGUUGCACAAAUGAAAGCGAUUGUACAGAUUGUUAUGGCGUGAAUUGUGCAAGUGCUGAUUGUAAUCCCGAAUCUGGAUAUUACGAAGGAUGUUAGUAAAAAAAAUAACUUUCCAAUGCAAAAGAUAAAACUAAGAAAAUAAAAAUUGUAAACAUAUUCUAGAUAUGAAAUAUAUACUUUUUAUAAAAA